CCGGAAGUAUCUGCUACGUGACUGCUGUUGUUGACAUUACGCGCUCGUGUCUCUCACGGGCUGUAAUAUUUCAUAGACGUUGUUGUUGUAAAUUCAAAAGCUGCUUAAUAAUCGUGUCAUACCGUCACAUUAACGUGGUCUUAAUUCGCCGCUGUGCUGCCCGUUUAUUGACCGUCGAUAACUGUGCAGCUCGGCUAGCUCCGGAGGCUAACCUUUUAUGGAGGAAGUUAGCUAAUCAGUAAGCCAUGGAGAGCAAAUUUAAGCCCAGCUAAUAGAAUUAAAUAGUUCACUUUGCAGACACGAUUUUAUUGCAGCCAGCUACCUGAGACAACACUGAGAACAAGAUGUCUGUAGAGCUGGAUGUGUUCGUGGGUAACACUACCAUCAUGGAUGAGGAGGUUUACCAGCUGUGGUUGGACGGACACACAGUGAAUGAUGCAGUGAAGGUACGCAUGGAGGGAGGAGUGAUGGACGAGUGUGAGGCAAGUAAAGAUGUCCUGCUGAGUGACACCAUGGACCAGUACAGGACUUUCCAGAUGUGUGAGCGCCUGCUGCACAGUCCGGCCAAACUAGCCAACCAGCUGCUGUUCCAGAUCCCACCUCAUCGGCAAAUCAUGCUCAUAGAGAGGUGCAGCCGUGACGCUCUAAUUCAAUUAACCCAUUUAUUUCAGAGGAGUCACAACUCUUUAUUCCUGUAUUUAUUUGUCAAACCUCCUCCUUUAUGCUACGUUUCUUCUCAUGGCAAUUUGUUUUUUGUGUCUCUUUCCUUGUUUAGAUACUAUGCCUUUGAUGAUACAUUUGUUCGUGAGGUCCUGGGAAAGAAGCUCUCCAAGGGAACAAAGAAAGACUUGGACGACAUCAGCGCCAAGACAAAUGUGACACUAAAAAGCUGCAGACGACAGUUCGACAACUUCAAACGUGUUUUCAAAGUUGUCGAAGAGCUGAAGGGACCCCUGGUGGAGAACAUACGUCAGCAUUUUCUUCUGUCCGACAAACUUGCAAGGGAUUACGCUGCCAUCGUUUUCUUUGCCAACAAUCGGUUUGAGACAGGAAAAAGAAAGCUGCAAUACCUCAGUUUCCAGGAUUUUGCUUUCUGUGCUGGCCAGCUUAUCAGCAACUGGACAGUUGGGGCUGUUGACAACAUGGUGGAAGACAUGGACGUCGAUCUUGACAAAGAGUUUUUACAAGAACUGAAAGAGCUGAAGAUUUUAAUCACUGACAAAGAUCUGCUCGAUCAACACAAAAGUUUGGUCUGUACAGCCCUUAGAGGAAAGACAAAAGUUUUCAUUGAGAUGGAGAAUAAUUUCAAGAAUCUUUCCAGAGGCCUCAUCAACAUAGCUGCAAAGCUGACCAACACAAAAGAUGUCAGAGAUUUCUUUAUUGAUCUUGUAGAGAAGUUUAUUGAGCCGUGCCGUUCAGACCGGUGGACAGCUGCGGACAUGAAACUCUACCUCACUCAUUACACCAACUCUGCACACAUACUCGACACAUUCAAACAUCAAGUCGUGUGGGACAGAUACAUGGGCGUCGUCAAAAGUUGCAUCUUCAAAAUGUAUCACGACUGAAGCGUUCUCCUAGCGGUUCACGUCUCCUUUCAGUUUGCUAAGGCGUUACUUUGCUCCUUCGGAUGUGCUUUCUCUGCUUCUUCUGUCAUCGCUGUAUGUUUGUCUGCCUGCCUUGCUCCUAGCGUCCCCCAGCAUUGUCUGUAAAUUUGGUUUGUAAAUAAAAUUAAGAUUU